CCACUACUGCUCUGAGUAACAUUGGUGGUAGUUUAGCAACCAAUUUAGGUUUAGUAGAUAUUGUAGUAUUAGACGAUAAUCAGCCAUAUAUUUUGCAACAGCCUCAAGGACAGCCUGGUAAUGAAUUCAUACUACCAGAACUUGGGGCAAAUGAUGGUAUAUUACAAGCGGCAGCUGCGGGGUCAGAUAUCAAUUCAACGGACGAGCUUGUCAUGGUUUUAACGGAUCACGAUUAUCAGGACGAGCAGAACAAUGGACAGGGAGACAAUUCGAACAUAGUCGUCCUUUACAGUCAUCCCGUGGAGGGCCAACAAGGACAAUUUAUAACAUCUCAGGGUAACUUACUAGUAAAUUCGCAAGGAAUGCUGGAAAUCCGAAAUGGGGCGGCUAUAACUACGACAGCCGGACAACUUUUAGUGAAUACCACUGAUAAUACCAUAACUACCCAAGCCUCACCAUCUCCCAUAGAAUCGAUAGAAUUGAUAAGGAAGGAAAUCGAAUCUGGUGACGGCACCGGAAAUGGUGAUAAUAGUGCAGAGAACACGCAUGUCGAAGAGGGACAACAACAUGAAGUUGUUCACACAGAACCGGAAUCUGUUGAACACAGUGAAGAAGCAGAAAGAGAAGAGGAACCAACGACUCAAGCUGAAACUAACGGAGUAAAUAGUUCGCUGGAUACCACCGAUUCUUUACAGGAAGAACCUAUGGAGGUUGAGGAAAUUGGUCCACCUCAAAUUCAAACUAAUGCGCCUGAGGAGAUUCCAGAAAUUAAUCAAAAAGAAGAAGUUUUAAAGGAAGAAAAAAGGUAUCCGUCAUCGUUCGAAGGUGAACACGCUCCAGAAAGGAAUCUAGCCGAUAUUUUAGAUAUUCCACCGUUAGAAGCAACGGACGAUGAGGGCCACGACAUACCCCCAGUUCAAGCUCAAAACAACACAGUUGAGUUAAACGAAGCCACCGAUCUUAAUGAUUCCGGAGACGGUUUGAUUCUUAACGAUACGUCCAGUUAUGAAUCAAUGGAAGUCGAUGGUAUAACAACGAACAUAGAGGCCGAACCGAUUCAGCAAAAUAGUCAAGUUGUCGAAAUCACCAAGGAUGAAGUAUAUACUCAGUCCUGUUCAGAAACUGAUAAUAGCGCAUCACUAGAACAGCACUCUUCCGAAGAAUAUGCUUCGCUAGAUCGAGCAUCAUUAGAGCACCACGCAUCGUCAGAGCAACUGUCACUAGAAAACCACGCUUCAUUAGAACAAGCAUCGAUAGAACAGCCACAUGCGUCGUUAGAACAGCACCAAUCAGAAGAACACCCAUCCUUAGAAGGACUUUCUAUAGAGUCGCAACCCGACAAAUCUCUAGAAGAGUCAAAUGUACAAACAGACAGCUUUAUAAGCCAGGAGGAAAAUCAAAACGCAUCCAAUGAGCUACUAUCAAAUGUUGAGCAUCAGUUUGCCAGUGAAAUCUGUUCAGAAAUACAGGAAACCAAAGAGAAUGAAAAUUGCCAGAUGGAGAAUGAAAAUAACGAAAACGUCGAGGCCGAACAGUUUCAGGAAAACGCAACCUUGGAACAGAUUCAACACAACGCAGCAUCAGAACAGAUUCAUGAAAAUGUCGACCUGGAACAGAUUCACGAAAACGUAGACCUGGAACAGAUUCAUGAAAAUGCCGAUCCGGAACAGGUUCACGAAAAUAUAGACACGGAACAGAUUCAUGAAAAUAUUGACACAGAACAGACUAAUGAAAGUUUAGAUACAGAACAGAUUCAUGAAAAUCUAGAAUCUGAACAGAUUCAGCAAAAUAUGGAACAGGAACAUAUUCAGCAAAACGACAAUAGUAUUCAGUCGCAUUUUUGAGGAUUUCACUGACGUUGUCUCA